AUGUCGACCCUUGGUUCUACUGCUGUCCGAGCAGCCACGCGCACUAUAGCUCACGCUCGGCCACGUACACUCGCAACUAUCCGACGUGUUCGACCGGCACUCCCAGCUUGCUCGCAGCUGCUCUCGACGCGAAAUUAUGCGACCACUUCAGACAUUCGAUCUUCUACCAGGUCGACUGUGGUCCAGCUUCUGAGUAAUAUUGGGUCCAAGAGAGAGGUGCAACAAUACCUGUCCCAUUUCAGCUCUGUGUCGUCCCAGCAAUUUGCGGUCAUCAAGGUUGGAGGAGCUAUUUUGACUGAACACCUGCAGACUCUGUCCUCCGCUCUAGCAUUCCUCAACCACGUUGGUCUUUACCCUGUUGUAGUGCACGGUGCUGGUCCUCAAUUGAACAAAAUCCUCGAGGAUUCAGGUGUCGAGCCGCAGUUCGAGGAAGGCAUUCGAGUUACAGAUCCUAAGACCUUGGGCAUUGCACGAGCUUUGUUCCUCGAAGAGAACCUACGUCUUGUAGAAGAGCUGGAGAGACUCGGAAUACGGGCACGGCCCAUCACUUCGGGCGUCUUUACUGCUGACUACCUGAACAAGGAGAAAUAUGACCUGGUCGGCAAGAUCACCCAUGUUGAUAAGAAGCCGAUUGAGGCUGCAAUUCAAGCAGGAUGCUUACCUAUUCUCACCUCCAUGGCAGAAUCCAGAUCUGGCCAAGUACUUAACGUCAACGCUGACGUCGCAGCCGGUGAAUUGGCAAGAGCUCUACAACCACUGAAGAUAGUCUAUCUGUCCGAAAAAGGUGGACUGUUCAAUGGUGAUACCAAGCAGAAGAUCUCUGCUAUCAACCUAGACGAAGAGUAUGAUCACCUCAUGACACAAUGGUGGGUACGCCACGGCACACGUCUCAAGAUCAAAGAGAUGAAAGAAUUGCUCAUGGAUCUUCCCAAAACCUCAAGCGUUGCUAUCAUCCACCCUGCCGACCUCCAGAAAGAGCUGUUCACCGAUUCGGGUGCAGGUACUCUGAUCAGAAGAGGCAACAAGGUUCACAAUGCCACUCAAAUUUCCGAUUUCGCCGAUCCUGAAAAGCUGAAGGAAGUCCUAGUUCGCGAUCGCGAAGGGCUUGAUGCAAAGGCCGUGGUUGACCGGUAUAUCAGAGAUCUGCAGAGUCAAGAAUUCAAAGCCUACUUCGACGAGCCGAUGGAAGCUCUCGGCAUUGUCUUACCACCACGACAAGGUGCUUCCAUGGCUCAUCUUGCAACCUUGACCAUCUCCAGGUCCGCUUGGUUGACGAACGUGGCUGACAAUAUCUUUGCCGCCAUCAAGAAAGACUAUCCAAAAUUGAUGUGGACCGUCAAGGAGGAUGACGAGAAUUUGACAUGGUUCUUUGACAAGGCGGAUGGCAGUCUUUCGAAAGACGGAGAAGUGCUAUUCUGGUACGGUCUAGGUACGGGUGAAGAGGUACAGGAACUUAUGCAACAGUUCUCCCAGCAUGGCAGAUCCAUGUAUGGUGAUAUCAACCUCGAGUCUAAGCUGCAGAAGGCUGCCCGAGCAGCUGCCACCGCGGUCAAAAAUGUCGCAACAUCUGCUGGCUUUCAACAACAACAAGCCCGUGCCUUCUCGACAAACGCAAGUCCCUUACGAGUGGCACGAAGGACAUUCGGCUCAGCUCAACCAGCGCUCAAGAUCAGGACUUAUGCGACAACCACUAACCCAAAUCCUCCUCUAGGCUCAAAGAACAAAUCGAACGAUGGUCCUUCUAGAGUGGCUCUUAUCGGUGCCCGCGGCUAUACGGGCAAGGCAUUGAUUGACCUUCUGAACCGACACCCCAACAUGGACCUCCGACACGUCUCUUCACGAGAAUUAGCGGGUAAGAAACUGGAAGGCUACAACAAAAGAGACAUUAUAUACGACAAUCUGAGUGUAGAAGACGUUCGACAAAUAGAGGAGGAUGGCAAGAUAGAUUGCUGGGUCAUGGCAUUACCAAACGGCGUUUGCAAGCCGUUCGUGGACGCUAUCGACCAAGUUGGCGGAAACAGUGUGGUGAUAGACCUGAGUGCAGACUAUAGAUUCGACGACAAAUGGACUUAUGGCCUGCCAGAGCUAGUAGAUCGAUCCGCCAUCGCCAAAGCCACCAGAAUAUCUAACCCUGGUUGUUAUGCAACUGCAGCUCAACUCGGAAUCGCUCCAAUUGUCCCAUAUCUUGGUGGUGAGCCUACGGUGUUUGGUGUGUCAGGUUAUUCAGGAGCUGGCACAAAACCGAGCCCUAAGAACGACGUCAACAACCUGACCGACAAUAUCGUGCCUUACAGCAUGACGGAUCACAUUCACGAAAGAGAAAUUUCGAGCCAAUUAAAGACUCCCGUCGGCUUUGUUCCACACGUCGCUGUGUGGUUCCAGGGUAUUCACCAUACAAUCAAUAUCCCAUUGAAGGAGGAAAUGUCGUCUCGGGAUAUUAGAAAUAUUUAUCAAGAAAGAUAUGCAGGCGAGAAGCUAUUGAAGGUCAUCGGCGAAGCACCAGUAGUCAAGAAUAUUAGCGGACGACACGGCGUUGAGAUUGGUGGAUUUGCAGUACACUCAAGUGGUAAAAGAGUCGUGAUAUGUGCCACGAUUGAUAACCUGCUCAAGGGUGCAGCUACUCAAUGUCUACGUUACAACGAGUUUGAGGGCAUUCCCCUGGAUUAA